AUGAGUCUCCUGGAGACGUUGUUCAGAAAUUCCGGUCUGGACGAGUCGCAACGAGGUGCAUGGGCAUGGGAAUACUUGACACAAUUUGGAGGAAGCCAGCUGGGUAGUCCUACACCGGGCCUGAAGGCAACACUGACUUUCCACCAGAGACAAGGUGUCCUAACAUACCCAGAUGUCGAGAGGACUCAAUUCAACGAAGUCAUCAAGGAGGGCGACCUUGUCUUCGCGAUACUAGAUCAGAGUCCCGGCUUCUCCAAAGAGUGUUUCGUGGUCAUGAAGUCAGCGUCGACUUCUACCACUGGCCAUGCUCAGCGAAUGCAUGAACUCGCUCUGAUCACGUAUGAAUCGUACGCGGUUGAAGAAAAGGCCUUGCUGAAGCUCAAUUUCAAGUGGGGAGAUUUUGUGGUUCUCAAAACCUCAUGCAUCGGCCCAUUGUUUGAGGUUAAGGAUAUUGAGCCGUUCAGCGAUGGUCAAAAGCCAGCCUGCACCGAACCCAGUGUCGAGUCAAAUACCUCGAUAUCGGAAACAAGCGCUGUGAGCGGCAAACGAUGGACGGUCAUGGUUCAUAUUGUCGAUGCCGAGGGGAUCGGAUGCUGGAUGAGACAGGAUGACGUGAUCAAGGCACCGAUAGAACUCGUGUCUCGGCUCGAGAUGCAGAAGACGAGGGGUCUCAAGAGAAUGAGAGAUGAAGAUAUGGACGUGCCUGUGCGAGAUGCACAGAGGAGACGUAUUGAGGAGGAGGAGAUCGUUCUGCAAGAUGAUGAGAUUGGCCUUGUCGAGGAAUAUUAG